CGCCCAGGUAGGAGGGCGGCCGGGCCACGCAGUGCGGACCCCGCGGGGACCUGCGCGCCGCCACCAUGUCUCAGGACGGUGUGGAGUUGGAGAAGAGCGUCCGGCGCCUCCGGGAGAAGUUCCAUGGCAAGGUGUCGCCCAAGAAGGCCGGUGCUUUGAUGAGGAGAUUCGGGAGCGAUCACACCGGGGUGGGUCGCUCCAUAGUGUACGGGGUCAAACAGCAAGACGGCCAGGAGCUGAGUAACGACCUGGAUGCCCAGGACCCCCCAGAAGACAUGAAGCAAGACCGUGACAUCCAGGAGGUGGCCACCUCCCUCCUGCCGCUGACGCAGGCCAACCUGCGCAUGUUCCAACGGGCCCAGGACGACCUCAUUCCUGCAGUGGACAGGCAGUUUGCCUGUUCCUCUUGUGACCACGUCUGGUGGCGCCGCGUGCCCCAGCGGAAAGAGGUGUCCCGAUGCCGGAAAUGCCGCAGGCGCUUCGACCCAGUGCCAGGUGACAAGAUGUGGGGCGUGGCUGAAUUCCACUGCCCAAAAUGUAGACACAACUUCCGGGGCUGGGCACAGAUGGGGUCUCCGUCGCCCUGCUAUGGGUGUGGCUUUCCUGUGCACCCUACGCGGAUCCUCCCUCCACGAUGGGACCGGGACACCGACCGCCGCAGCACCCACACCCACUCUUGCUCCGCCGCUGACUGCUACAACCGCCGAGAGCCCCACGUGCCAGGGAUGUCCUGCGCUCACCCCAAGAGCCGGAAGCAAAACCACCUGCCCCAGGUGCUGCACCCCAGCAGCCUGCACGUGAGCAGCGGCUCCACCGUGGCCACGUGCCUGAGCCAAUGUGGCCUCCUGGAGGGGCUGGACAACCUUAUCCUGGAGGACCUCCAGGAGGAGGAGGACGAGGAGGCGGCAGCAGAGGAGGAGGCGGAGGAAGGCCAGCGCCAGGAGUGACCAAACGCACACGUACAAACCAGAGUCCGUCUGGGCGAGACUCAUUGUUAAAAACACAACACCAAGAUGGAGCUGUGCUGGGGUGUGGGCAGGGGCAGCGCCAGGACCCCACUGUGCUGGGGUGUGGGCAGGGGCAGUGCCAGGACCCCACUGUGCUGGGGUGUGGGCCGGGGCAGUGCCAGGACCCCACUGUGCUGGGGUGUGGGCAGGCCGGGGCAGCGCCAGGACCCCACUGACAUACGCACCCGCUGCGCCCCAUUCCCCCCCGGGCCCCGCUGCCGUCACGGCCUCAGCGGCCGGAUCAGCAUAGCCACCUUCUUGAGUGAAUACGCGCCACCUCGGAACUCUGCCCAGUACACCCCGUCCUGGUAGCGGCUCCGGUAGUGGCCGCCACGGUGCCAGACACCGUUAAGGUUGGAGUGGGCACAGGCGUGGUACCACCAGCCUCCGCGUUGGUAGAGAGCACAGUUCCCUGGAGAGAGAGGAGUGGAAUCCUUUGUCCCCUCACUAGAAUAAACGCCUUGACCAUUCCCUGCUCCUCCAUCUCCUCACCAAAAUAUAGGUCCUGACUGCCCUCUUUCAGCAUAAUAGUCUUAAUUCCUUCUUUGUCUCCCCACCAAAGUACAAGUCACACCUCUGACUUUUUUUUCUGCUAACCAGGAGUCUGCCAAAGGCUACAGGGGAAGGGAGGGAAUCUUUAUUUCCUUUCUAGAAAAACAUUCCUGCCUCUCACCCUCUGCUUUCACCAAAGUAAGAGUCAUUUGCUUCAGUAGAUUCAUCUAGAUUCCCCAUCAUCCCAUUGUCAGAAUAAAAGUUCUUUUGCUUAUUCUCUUGCUAGAUUAAAUGCUUACUUUGAUACAA